CAGAUGUUAAAUGUUGAUAGAAAAGAGACAUUUGUGACGUAAUUUAGUACGAAAAAUCAAGUAGCUCUGCACUGACAUACAUUUUAUGUAAGAUUUUCCAAUUCAUUCAAAAACGAGCCAUUAGAAUGUGUAGAUUAGACUCUGACUUGUAAUCAAUAUGACUCAUAAUUUCUUCUGCGGUUGAAGGGAAGUAAACGGUAAGAAUUAUAUAAUAUCAUCACGUCACUAAAUAUCUCCAAACCUUCUUGAAGCUAUGUGUACUUGUAAGAUAACAUUAAUCAAGUAGUAUGUUUGUUUUUAUCAAAUAAGCCUCCAUCAUGAGUACGGACGCAGAGAUGGCCGUUUACGGCCAGGCGGCCAUUUUCCUCCGGAAGCCAGAGAAGGAGAGGAUUGCGGCCCAGAGCGCGCCAUUCGAUGCGAAGGCUGCUGCAUAUGUCACUGAUGUUAAGGAACUGUACGUAAAGUGUACCAUCAAUAAGAGGGAGGGUGGCAAAGUCACCGUCACAGUUUUGGCUACAAAAGAGGAGAAGACAGUCAAGGAGGACAAUAUCACACCCAUGAACCCUCCCAAGUAUGACAAAAUUGAGGACAUGGCCAUGAUGACCCAUCUCAAUGAAGCCUCUGUGUUGUAUAACCUUGCAGAGCGUUAUUCAGCAUGGAUGAUCUAUACCUACUCUGGGCUGUUCUGUGCCACUGUAAACCCCUACAAGUGGCUUCCAGUGUACGACCAGUCGGUUGUCAAUGCCUACAGAGGCAAGAAGCGUAUGGAGGCUCCACCCCACAUCUUCUCUGUCUCUGACAACGCCUUCCAGAACAACUGUGGAGAAUCCGGUGCUGGAAGGACCAAGCGUGUCAUCCAGUACUUUGCUACCAUCUCAGUGGGUGGUGGAGGAGAUAAUAAGAAGGAUGCAGGCGCUGGAAAGAUAAAAGGGUCACUGGAGGACCAGAUUAUUGCAGCCAAUCCCCUGCUGGAGGCCUAUGGUAAUGCCAAGACUGUGAGAAAUGACAACUCCUCCCGUUUUGGUAAAUUCAGCAGAAUUCAUUUCCAUGCAAACGGUAAACUAUCCAGUGCUGACAUUGAGACGUAUCUGCUGGAGAAGUCAAGAGUGACAUUCCAGCUUCCCGAUGAGAGAGGCUAUCACAUCUUCUACCAGAUGAUGACCAACCACAAACCUGAGAUCAUUGGUGAGAUUUUAUAAUAGUAAGAGUGUGAAGAAUGUACUUAAUAUUAAGAUGAAAAGUUUUCCUGAAUUGCCUUUAUCUAUUCGAAUAUGACUUAAU